GCUUGUUCGGCGCCGUUUCGUCCCCGCGAAUAGGACAUGGACAUACUUCAACUCAUACAGACACUUUGCAGGUCAGGCCCGAAGCGCUCGGUGAACGCCCAAUGUGAGGUUUUAUUUGUCAGACAUACCAAGGUGCCUGACGUAUACACCACAUUGCAGACGCGUAUCAAGGCUACAACGGACGCGAUCAGACAUUUCUAGAUCCAAGGGCAAUAACUACAACUACAUUCUUGAGAUCUCUGCCGCCAGUCUUUCCUCUCGGCGGAACACUUCACUAUGGCCAGCACGACCACCUCCAACCUUUCAAGCGCCAUCAAUGCAGCACUUGCACCGGCUCCUAACAGGAUCGGCGUCAUAGUAUGCAGCCAGCGCAGUCCACGAGCAGGUCUUCAGAUCACGCAGUUCGUCCUCGACACGCUCAAAACAUACCAAAAGGCUCAUCCAAGCGCGACACCGUAUGAGCUCAGCCUCAUCGACCUCAACGACCAUCCACUGCCACUCUACAAUGAGCCAGGCAUUCCGUCGCGAAUCCAUUCGUCGUCAGAGUACAAGUACGAGCACACACGCAAGUGGUCCGACUUUAUAUCUUCGUAUCAGGCAAUCGUUUUUGUCACGCCGCAGUACAACUGGGGGUAUCCGGCCAGCAUCAAGAACGCGAUCGACUACUUGUUCAACGAGUGGAAAGGCAAGCCGGCCUUGGUGGUGAGCUAUGGUGGACAUGGUGGUGGGAAGGCCGCGGUGCAGUUGCAGCAGGUGCUGCAGGGUGUGGAUAUGAAGGUGGUCAAGGAAACCGUUGGCUUGACGUUUCCGGACCGGGCGGCGCUGGUGAAAGCUGCGACUGGCCAAGAUCUGGGACUGAAAGUGAGUAUUGCGGAGGAGAGUGAGGUGAUUGAUAAGGAGAACGCGUUGGAGACGCUUAGCGAUGCGAAGGCCAACGGGGAGGGCGAGGGCAAGUCGGAGGCGCUCUGGGCGAAGGAGAGUAAGGAGAUUUGUACUGCUUUCUGGGAGUUGAUUAGCUUGCUUAACGAGUGAGACUGCAUCUUCCAAGGAGUGAAUGCGGUAUGGGCACUCGAUGCGAGAUAUUGGAAGACUGGUUGUUACUUCGGCUUUACGGCGACGGUGCAAGUCAAUACUGUAGCCUUAACGAUUGAAUGGUUGAUCACGAUCUUCUUCAGUCCUAAGCAAGGAGAGCGCGGUAGCACAUGUUGUGGAAAGAACAGCAGACCGAUACUGGAAGAAAGGAACAAUAAUGACCGAGGGUGCGGGCCGAGCGCAUUUCUUAGAGCAAAGGCGGAGCGGCAAAAUGAUUUUCCGCUCCGGCUUUGGGAUGGAGAUCGGACCCUGCUGCAGCCUUCAGUAGACG